UAUUUCUCUCGUUAUCUCUCUAUAAAUUAAACUUCAUCUCUCUCUCUCUCUCUAUCUCUUCAUCUGUCUCAAUGGGAUCAACCGCCGCGGUCGCUCUCCUCCUCCUGCUAACCGCAGUCCCUGCCGUCUUCGCCGUAACUUUCCGGGUCGGUGAUACUGCUGGGUGGACCAGUGGUAUCGAUUACACAGAUUGGGUCACUGGAAAGACUUUCAGAGUCGGUGACACUCUAGAGUUCCAAUAUGGUCUUUCACACUCGUUGUCCGUAGUGGAUAAAGCCGGCUACGAUAGCUGCGACGCUAGCGGAGCGACACAGAGCUUCUCCAAUGGAGACACUAAGAUCGAUCUUACAACAGUAGGAACAAAAUAUUUCCUCUGCCCUAGUCCUGGUCACUGUCUCAGUGGCAUGAAACUCGCCGUUCCCGUCCUUGCCGCCGCUUCAUCUCCGUCCACCCCUUCUUCGCCGCCUUCCCCUCCUUCUACACCAUCUACGCCUCCUUCUCCACCCACUCCUUCUCCAGCCAAAACCGGUCCGCCUCCAUCUGCUUCUCCGCCGGCCAAUGGCACGCCGGAGUCAAAGCCACCAACGCCUUCAUAUGCUUCUCCACCGGCCAAUGGGACGCCGGAGUCAGAGCCGAUUGCGUCUCCACCGCCACCAAACGCGGCGUCUAAGGGAGUCAUGAGCUAUGGAAUGAUUGGGAUCACCACCAUGCUGUUAAUGUACCGUGUUAUGAGCUAAAUUUGCUGGGUGGAGUCGUGAGGAGAGAGAGCUAUUAUGGCUCGAUAUUUUUUUGGUAUUGGUCUUUGGAACUACUUCAUCACCACCUUCUCCUCUUGUGCUUAAUCAAUUAUUUUCUUUCUCUAUUUUUUGCUAAAGAUAUAUAUAAUCAAUUAUUUUCUUUCAA